AUGUUUUCAUCUUCAACCAAAAUUUGUUUAUUUUUUCUUUCAAUUUUUGUAUUAUUCCAAUUAAACAAUGGUGGUUGUGUUGACAUAGGUGGCAAAUGUGGAGGCAAAAGUGGAAAGUGUUGUACUGGUGGAAGUUGUACUAAAGGAAAUUGUUGUAUUGCUAAAGGUCAAUAUUGUCUUCCAGGCCAUUAUGAUCAAUGCUGUCCAGGUACAACUUGUAAGACUGAGGUUGGGAGGGGUAAUGAGAAAUGCAUGUAA